ACAGAUAAUACAGCACCUACAAUUAUGAUGUCCAGAGGUGACGUAGUAUCACUUCCGUCAUUAUCAUCAUUACUUAUUCCUCCACUCGGUUCUCUAAAUUCUAUACCAAACAAUACAAUAAUAUCACAAGAUUUACCAAC